GGGAGAAGCGGCGCCUGCGGCUCCUGCUCCGCAAACCAGCGCGGGAUCCGCCGCCGAGAUAUCUGCGGGAGGAAACAGCAACCCUGAGCUGACGGCUGCCUCUUCGAGGGAAGCAUCUGCAUGUGACAGGCACUGCUGACGUUUCAGAACUCCAGAUCUGGGAUGCUUCAGUCCCUGAACAGUGCGACAUACACGGAGCAUCGUCUUCAUGUCCCAGGAAACUAUUCAUCAUCUCCUUCCCCACAAGGAAGGCCUCGUUUUACCUCUCCGCCAUCUCACUCCAGAGCUGAGGAAACACUGGGCCUCAAUCUGGAUGACUUCAUCCCAUCGCGCCUCCAGAAAAACUCCUCUUUCAUCAGCAGCAGGAACCCAGCAUCUCCUCAGGCUACAUCUACUCCACAGAUGGUGAGGGCUCCCUCGAAGCACAGAAUUCCUGUGAUUCGUAAUUGUGGUUCAAACACCUUGAAUUUUGAGUUCCACGACACAGCCCCCUGCACUGUGCACAAUGGGAUCUCUCAGCCGUGGAAAACAACCUCAGCAAAUAAUUGGUAUCCCACCUGGCCUGCUAAAGAAAUUAGACCACUGACAUCACAAGCAGCACCUGUCCCCCACCCAGCUGGUUCACCUGCUCGCCCAGCUGUCAAUGGCACUGCACAACCAGGCUGGUCCGCCACCUGGACAAAAGAUGGCCGGAGGAAGGAAAAACGCUGGGUGAAGUAUGAUGGCAUUGGACCAGUGGAUGAGUCUGGGAUGCCCAUUGCCUCACGAUCGAGUGUGGAUAGUCCUCGGGACUGGUAUCGGAGCAUGUUCCAGCAGAUCCACAGCAAGCUUCCUGAAUCAGAACUGGACUGGGACUUCUCCUACAACUCUAGCGGGCACAGGCCUCCGGGGCUCAUGCAGAAAAGCCCACCAGCAGCCCUGGCGUCAAGCAGCCCUGGCUUCAGGCAUCGGCAGAAUGGCUUAGACUGGAGAAAUUGGGAAGCAGCUGAUGCUGCAGCCAUGGAGCCCAAGAGCAUUUUUGACUAUGAACCUGGGAAGUCAUCCAUCCUCGAUUAUCCCAGCUCGCCUUCGAAGCCCCUCACAGCAUAUUCAGCACAAGGCCGCCCCCCCUCCCCGCCCAUUGAGGAGUUACUGGAGAGGGAGCUGCAGCAGCUGAGCGAAGAGCUGGACAAGGACAUCAGGGCCAUUGAGCUUUCCCUCAAGGGCUCCUCCCGGGCCGCGUCGUCCGGCUGCGCCGCCGCUGCUGCUCCGGCCUCGGCUGCCCGCCGCAGCCCUCUGCCUGACUGCAGCGCCUAUCCUUCCACAGGACAAAGCCUCUCUGUGGCUCAGGGCCACUUACCAGCCAGCCCUAGAAUGGAGAAAGGAAGCCCAGGCGUUGCCAGGAAUAACUGGAACAGCUCUCCACCCAGGAAUGAUCCUCUGAGACUUGUUGGGAUAAGCCCCUUUCUUGAUUCUUCAGAAAUUGUCUUGGAUAGUCCCCCAAAGAGAGAUGAGAAGAAGAUGAAAGCUGCUCGGCUCAAAUUUGACUUCCAGGCAGAGUCGCCAAAGGAACUGACUUUGCAGAAGGGUGACAUUGUCUACAUUCACAAGGAAGUGGAUAGAAACUGGCUGGAAGGAGAACACCAUGGCAGGGUGGGCAUUUUCCCCACCAACUAUGUGGAGGUCCUGCCUCCAACAGAGAUCCCCAAGCCGAUCAAAUCCCCCACCAUCCAAGUCCUGGAAUAUGGAGAAGCGGUAGCUCAGUACAACUUCAAGGGUGACCUGGCAGUGGAGCUGUCAUUUCGGAAGGGCGAGCGCAUCUGCCUGCUUCGCAGGGUGGACGGAAACUGGUACGAGGGCCGCAUCUCUGGCACCAACCGCCAGGGCAUUUUCCCAGCCAACUAUGUGCAGGUGGUGAAGGAGCCAAGAGUGAAGAACUCGGAGGAGUUUCCUUCCUCUCCAGGCCUGCGGGCCCCUUCUGGCUCCCCGUCCCAGCCACACUCACCCGGCCUGAGCACCAGGGGGCAGCUCAACACCUCCCUGGCCACAGAUGUGCUGCAUUCCUCCUCCUCGAGCCACUCAGGAUUCACUUUCCCUGCAUCCCCAAAGUUCGAGCACCCGGAGGCUGUGCCCCGCAGGCCCCAGAGCACAGCCAGAGCCGCCUCCUUCAGUCCCCACAGCCAGAGCCCUGUCAAAACAUCCAGCAGCAGCCCAUCGCCAGCCUCAUCCUUCCAGAUUCAGGAGCCUGAGCAGCCUGUUGCCCCCACCUUGGCUCCACAACCACGAGCCGUCUUCCCACCGCAGGCAGCUGCUCCUGGAGCUUCCCAGCCACGCAGCCCUGGACACGUCUCUUCAUGUGCGCCCCCCUCCAGUGCACAGUGGACCCUAUACCAGGCUCUCUAUCAGUACAGACCCCAGAAUGAGGAUGAGCUGGAACUUCAUGAAGGGGACCAAGUGGAUGUCAUGCAGCAAUGUGAUGAUGGCUGGUUUGUGGGUGUCUCUAGAAGAACACAUAAAUUUGGCACUUUCCCUGGGAAUUAUGUUGCCCCUGUGUGACUCCUCCUCGACCAACCCCUUGUGUGCCAAGUGGAAACGGAAUCUGCUGCUCUUGUAUCCGGUUUCCUUGGAAAGAUGCCCCACAAUCUGUAGACAAGGAGCAAAAAGAGGUGGUCGUGUGAGAGCCAGCCUGGAGCCCAAGCUCUGUUCAAGGAAGGCCUUGCUGCUUGUACCCUGGAGUUCCCUGUUCCUUGGCCACCGCCUUCCACUUCUGUGUCUUGGCUUCCUUGUACAGGGUGGUCACACUCUAAUGUCCCCCACCCUCCAGUAUUUAUGAAGCAUCAUCAUUUCAAGCCUUUCUGUGACAAGCAAGAGACUCAGGCUAAGCAGACAAUGCAGAUCACCUCCUGGGCUCUUUGUUUCCUCUUUGUGGGCAAAUCUGGGAGUGCCAGCCCUUCUGCCAGCUCUCAUAGCAGCAGUGCAAGGUGGAGAUAGGAUUGGGACCCUGUGAUUGCCCUGCAUCAAAUCUCCAGAAAGAUCCUGCUUCCUUGCAAUGGACCACAAACACUGCUGUGGUGUUCUGCAGACUCUGUAACCAAUGUCCCACCACAACUGAAGAGUUGACGGCGCUCUCUGAGCACCCACAACCUUCUCUGUGUUCCAUGGGAAUCCAUGGACCCUGCCUAGAGGAGGCUGCUCCACCAAGUGUAUGCAAGGCCGUGUGGCUACCAGUAGUAACAUUUUUGUACCCUGCCCAACUUCCCUCAAAGGCUUUGGCUGCUGGAGGUCCAUCUAAAUGGUCUCUCCAUCUAAAGGAUUCCUUUA